UCCCUUGUAACGCAUUCGACGCCGCGAGUAGGGAAUUCCACAAGUCUAUUGUAGAGAUGCCUCAAUCUAGAGCAGACCGUAAAGCUUCUUAUUUUGACAGGAUUAUAACAUACUUUGAGAAAUUCGACAAGGUAUUGGUUAUAGGAGUGGAUAAUGUGGGUUCGAAUCAGUUGCAAAAGCUACGACAGUCGUUGAGAAAAGAUUGUGAAGUUUUGAUGGGAAAGAACACUAUGAUUAGGAAAGCGUUGAGAGGUCACUUGUCCAAGAAUCCUGCGCUAGAGAAACUUUUACCACAUCUAGUAGGAAACGUGGGAUUUAUCUUUACUAGUGGUGAUUUGAAACAAAUUCGUGAGAAAAUAGCGGAGAAUAGAGUUCCUGCUGCAGCUAAAGCAGGGACUUUUGCACAAUGCGAUGUAGUUAUUCCUGCAGGUCCAACAGGAAUGGAGCCAACCAUGACAUCCUUCUUUCAAGCUCUCAAUAUCCCUACCAAGAUCAACAAAGGACAAAUUGAAAUCCAAAGUGAUGUAACACUUUUAAAAGAAGGACAACGAGUAGGCAACUCCGAACAGACUCUUUUACAAAAGCUGAAUAUAAAGCCUUUCAAAUAUGGUGCAGUUAUUCAAGUAAUCUAUGAAAAUGGAGUCAUUUAUGAACCAAAAGUGUUGGAUAUUGGUGAAGAAGAAAUUUCUCAAGUGACAAAGGAAGGCAUUCACAAUAUUGCUGCUGUUUCUUUGGCAAUUGGAUAUCCAACUCAAGCUUCUAUUCCUUAUACGAUUAUUUCUUCACUGAAGAAUUUGUUUGCAGUAUCUUUGGUUUCAGAAUAUACUAUGCCACAAGCAGUCCAAUUGAAAGACUUGUUGGAUAAUCCAGAAGCUUUAGCACAAAUGGUAGUAGUCAAUGCAGUACCUAAUGCUUCUGCUGGAGGUGUUUCUCGAACAGAAGAGAAACAAGAGCAAGCACAACAACAACAAGAAGAAGAAGAAGAAGAAGAAGAAGUCUUGGUUUGGGACUUUUUGAUUGAGAAUAAAGCAAUCUUUCAUUUCAGAAUAAGAAUAGGAGAUCUUCCAUAUUUCUUUACCUAUUUACUACGAGUUUAAGAUGAAGCAGCAGCUUCAUUGCUGUUAUUAUGUUGACUAGUAGA